AUGUCAAAAUUGAGGGCAUUUCUAGCACGUCUGAGGUUGUCUAGAGAUGGUAAUUUAUUAGCUGAGUUGAGAGUAGAACUCGAGCUGGUAAGAAAGGUUAUGGAGUUACAAGGUUCUGAUAGUUGCUUUAAUGCUUGUAUGGAGAAAGUCUGCAGAGGCGAGGCCUCAGGGUUUGAGUUGCAAAAGGGAAACAUAUUUUUCUUUAAGAACCAGUUAUGUGUUCCCCCUGAUACUCAGUUGCGUAACAAGAUCCUCCAUGAAGCACAUUCUAGUAUGUUUUUCGUUCAUCUAAGUAGCAACAAGAUGUACGACGAACUUCGAUCCUUAUACCAGUGGCCAGGCAUAAAAACAGAAAUGUCAGAAUUCGUGGCUUAG